AUGUGGCCGCUGCGGGUCUACACCCGCAAGAAGCGGGCGGGCCAGAGGCUCAACCUAACUCCGACGCCAGACCCGGGCUCAGCCGCGAAGGCGGAGGCCCCGCCAGGCCUGAAGCGAGAAGGCAAAGCGCGGGGGCUGCCGAGGAUCGCGGAGAAGGUGGAGCGGAGCAGGCGGGCAGGCGGCGGCUCCGGGCCGCUCAGCACCCAGUUAGGAGUUACAGGAGAGAAAAGCCUGGAAGAAAACAGCAGUCAUGGAGAGACCCCGGAUGAGAAGAUGGCUCCGCUGGGGGUACGAUUAAGUUUGCAGCAUGAUAUUUCCAGUUCUCUUCUGAGCUAUUCGGUCACAGACUCUUUUUUAUGCCAUUUUCCCUCUGCUUUUUCAGAUUGGGAGUGUCCCAAGUUGAAAGACCACAUGCAAUGGAAGAAUUCCACUCUUCUGGACACCAGUAAGGCAGUGACAAUAGAGAAGGCAGCACAGUUUUCAGAUCUCUCUGCAAUUUUAAGUGCCUCUUCAGAAGAUUAUCAGAAAUGCCAUAAUAAAAUAGUGAUGACAUUAGCAGACCAAAGUAUUUCUCCAAAACCAAAGUGUACUUCAAAUUCAGAAUCAGAUAAUGCAGCUUGUGAAGUUUUACUUGCUGAGAAAACUUGCCCUUCAACUCCUGCAAAAACAAAGAAAAAAGCAAGUAUUAAAUCAAAUGAAAUUGUUGCUGUGUCAAGUUUGCAAGAACAUUCUUCAAAUGAGUUUCCUUCAAAUGCAUCAGAAAUAUGUUGUAUUAUUAGAGCAUCACCAGGAACUAGACUAGUGAAAAGUAAACGUGUUAUUGUAAAGAAGAAGAAAUAUUCUCCUCCUAAAGAUAUUCCUCAAGAUAUUAUAAUAAAAAUGGCAGACCGUAACAGCUGUGGCUGAGUUUUCACUACUUUGAAGACAUGACUGUGAAGUCCACAAGGCAAUGUGUCUGCCUGAAAUUAUAUGAAAUUAAAAAUU